AUGUCUGCAAAAGAUUUCUAUAACGAAGCUAGUCAAGAUCCGCAGACUCGAAAAACAUAUAAUUAUAAUGGAAACCAUGUUUAUCCAUCUACACAAUAUCAAACAGCGAAUUCUAAUGUUAAUGCUAAUGGUAAUGAAAGCCAAGACAGGGGACUACUAAGUACCGUAGUCGGUGGUGCCGGUGGCUACUAUGCAGCAUCAAAAUUAUCAGAUAACCACUCGAAAUUAUCCGGCAUAUUAGGCGCAGUAGGUGGUGCAUUGCUAGCUAAUAAAUUAUCUGACAAGUUUGAACACAAACAUAGCCAUAAUCAUCAGGGAGGCCCACCAAAUGGUGGGUUCAAUAACGGAUUGCAUAAUCACCACCAUGGCAAUCAUGGUGGACCACCACCACCACCACAAAAUAAUAAUGGGUUUCCAUUUAGAGGCAAUGGUGAACCACCUUUUAAUCAUGAUAAUCCUAAUGGACAUUUUGUGUUCAAUCAAGGUUCACCACCACCACCACAAGGUCCAGAUUCAAGAUGGUAA